UGCCUUAGCUCUAUUGUACCGGCUUCUACUUCGUUGUCUGAUUCGUAAACGACUUUUGCAUUGAAGCUUUCUCUAAAUAUCAGAUAAAAUGGAUAUUCGCCCGAAUCAAACCAUCUACAUUAACAACCUGAAUGAAAAAAUCAAGAAAGAUGACCUGAAGAAAUCACUGUAUGCCAUAUUCUCCCAAUUUGGACAAAUCCUAGACAUUGUAGCUAUGAAGACACUGAAGAUGCGAGGACAAGCGUUUGUUAUAUUUAAGGAUAUUAGCAGUGCCACCAAUGCUAUAAGAUCAAUGCAGGGAUUCCCUUUCUAUGACAAACCAAUGAGAAUUCAAUAUUCUAAGAAAGACUCGGACAUCAUUGCUAAAAUAAAAGGCACUUUUGUGGAGCGCCCAAAAAGAAAGAAGGAAGAGGAGGGAGAGGUAGCCAAAAAAUCUAAGAAAAAGAAUGCAGCACAAAAACAAGCAGCUGCCCCAGUUUUGAAUCAAGUACAACAAGUCGCGCCGAUGGCACCACAAGUACAGCCAGCAGCAGCAGCACCAGCAGCCGCUGCAGCCCCAGCUCCUACAGCUAUUCCUGAACAACCACCCAACCAGAUCUUGUUCUUAACAAACCUGCCUGAGGAAACCAAUGAAAUGAUGUUGUCCAUGUUGUUUAAUCAAUUUCCUGGAUUCAAGGAAGUGCGAUUGGUGCCUGGUCGACAUGACAUUGCUUUCGUUGAAUUUGAAAAUGAGGUUCAAUCUGCUGCUGCUAAGGAUGCCCUACAGGGCUUCAAGAUCACGCCUAGCAAUGCCAUGAAAAUCUCAUUCGCCAAGAAGUAGACAAUAUAACAUGGUGCUGUCUUUGGUGUGUUUUUCAUGUGUGCAUGAAUGUGUUAGAUGCGAGGGGUGUGUCCAGGAAAUCAUGAUCAUUGCUCUGUGCAAAUAUUAUUCCAAAUUGAUUUUCUUCAUAGAAAUGUUGAGAUUAAAUAUUGAAUUGACCAGACUUAUUAAUGACAUACAAAAGGUAAUGACAUUACUACAUACAAAAGUAAUGACAUUGCUACAUACAAAAAGUAAUGACAUUGCUACAUACAAAAAGUAAUGACAUUACUACAUUCAAAUGGUCAUAUAAAGAUGCAGAUGAAGUCUUUAUACAAGAAAUCUUUCCCAUAUCAUGAUCAUAAUGCAAUUUCUUAUCAUUCUUUUUAUACAUCAUUCAAAAUUGUCAAUAUAUUAAGUUAGUCGAUCCAGCAUUGCACUUCAGCUGGUUGUAUCCAUUUAUUUUUUUUGUAUCUUAUUUGUUUUGUGCAGUGAAACCUGUUUAUUUUGAUAUGUAUUUUGAUGACCAGUAACAAUUUCAUCCAAAAACGGAAUGGGUGUUAACAGCAUGUGUUAUGAUUAAUACACCGUAUUCUUUUGUAUCCUGCUCUAAGGAAGUUUCACUGUGGUCUCUGUGCUACGAUUAAACAGGUAUCGCUGUCACUAUACAGCAUUGCACACAGGCUGUUUUCUUGUUGACUACUGGCAUUGCACCAGGCCAGUUCUGUUGUUGUAUUUGGUGGUUGUGUUGUACUGGAUAUUACCAGAUGUCCCUGGCCUUGCACUUCUGUUAGGGCUGUCUGGUAAUGAACAGAUGACACUGGAAUCACAAAUGUACUAAUAAAUGUAAAACAAA